AGAACAAAAACGCAUUAAAAUAUAAAGCCAAAAUGACGAAAGAGCAAGCAACCGCAAUACCAGAAGAGCUGUACAAUCUCACACAGUUGGCUGAGGUCACGCUGGCUGCCGGACGACUUAGCACAACUAAUAUCACAGAAAUUAAAGACUACAUAAAACGCCACAAGGCAUUGGAGUAUCUUGCUGAUGAGACAACCGCCCCGAAACCUGCCUACGUUCCUCCAAUAUCAGAACCCUCAAGUGUGAUAGCAAAACCAGUAACCAGCGUAAACAAUGACUACGCUAAUAGCUUGUGGCACACAAACCAAGAAUUCAGUGCCAAAAACCAACGUUACGACAACACGGAAUUUCCGAAUAACCAAGAUGAUGCGCAUCAUAGUUGUAAUUCCUCAUUAACGGUGCCACGAACCACAUUCUAUUCGUCCUCCGAUGAUGAUUCCAACUACUACAGCCACAAGGUAUUUGAUCGGAAGAAGUUACGUCGCUCCACAAUUUCCGAUCACUCACGAUACGAUGAGCACUCGUGCAGCAGCUUGCCUAGCUGUAGUAGUGACGAACAUUUCAUGGGGUCCUCAAGUAAUUCGAGCAACUCAGAGGGCAGCAAGUUGAGCGAUGGUGCCGAAGGCAGUGCCCAUAGCGUAAAUUUACUCGACGAUGAACACAUUUGUCCGGAAUGCGGCAAGAAGUACUCGACAUCGUCCAACUUGGCAAGGCAUCGACAAACACACAGGUCAAUCAUGGACAAGAAGGCGCGACGAUGUCCGUACUGUGAGAAGGUCUACGUCUCAAUGCCCGCCUUCAGCAUGCAUGUGCGCACACACAACCAGGGUUGCGAAUGUCAGUACUGUGGUAAAUGCUUCUCACGCCCGUGGCUGUUGCAAGGUCACAUACGGACGCAUACCGGUGAGAAACCCUUCAAGUGCAGUGUUUGCAACAAAGCUUUCGCGGAUAAAUCCAAUCUGCGCGCUCACAUACAAACCCAUUCGAAUACGAAGCCACAUACCUGCGCUCGUUGUGGCAAGGCGUUUGCUUUAAAGUCCUAUCUGUACAAACACGAGGAGUCUUCGUGUAUGAAAAACCAUCAACGUAACGGCGAACGCAGUGAAGCGCGCCCAAUUAGAAAUGCAGCAAAUACGACGAACGCCCCUACCGUUAAAAGCCUGAACACGCACUCGUUGACGGACUCUGCUAAGUCAACGUUAGCCACAAAACUAUUGCAGAAGGAGAAAGAUCGACGUCAAGCCGGCACACUCAUCUAUGGUGAAAUUCUGCCCGAAACCAACCACAAGCCGCUUGAAAUCACCACCAUUUUGACGCUAACCGACAACAACUGCACGAUGAAGACGAAUGUGGAAAAGUCAUAUACAAUGCUCACAAGCCCCAUGUCUCAGGAAGAGUAUGAGCGUUUUAAGCGCAUAAGCGUCAUACAGACGGCAACACCAGGUGAUAUUGUCUACCGCGACCACGCAGUCGGACCCAUUAGCAUUGCUAAUGCGGCAACGCACAUCCCCUUACAAUAUUGUAAUGCGGGCAAUGAGCCACCACAACAGGUACAAGAUCAACCGGUUGACUUUUCGCCAAAAAAUAAUUUUACACAUUCGACAAAGACCAGCCCUUUUGAGUUGACCGGCAAUUAUGCAAUCUUGGCUUAGUGAAGGGGACUUAUGUAAACGUUGAAAAUAGUUCAAAAAGACAAUGACAAAUUUGAAAAAGUUAGACUGUUGGUAUGUAUGAAAGCUCUGGAGCUCCACUAUGGAUGUUGGCGGAUUCAGAGGUUAAAAUAUUACAUAGAAAAGACGUGAAUGUUACGGAUUGAUUUUGAUAAAAAAGUAAAUUUCGAAUUUUAUGAAAUGUUUCGCGCUCACAGUCAAUUGCUAACAAAGUUCUAAGCAAGAAGCCCGCAUAAUUCAACAACCUGGUAUAAUAUAUGAGUUACAUGGGUUUCCUCGGGCCUUUUUUAAAACAAUUUGUUCUCAUAUAAAAAAUUAAAGAUUUUAAUAGAAUUUAAGAAUUGUAUCUCAAAGACCUGCGUAAAAUUUCUUGAAGAUCGGUUGAGUAGUUCACUAGGAAUCUUUCCAGCCAACUUUAAAAACACAGUUUCGGGAAAAAUGCGUUUAAAGACGGCGCACUUAGCCUAGCUAGCCUCGAGCGCACUAGUCUCAAGGCUAUAUUUCCGAAACUAUUACUCGGAUCAACUUGAAAAUUUAGGACAUUAUUGUAGAGGUGUUGUAAAAUUUAAUAAGAUAAUAAAAAAAUCGAUUUCUUGAAACCCGUAACCCGUGUAACCCAAUAAUGAAGAAAACGUAAAUUAAGCUGAAUGAGAACUUUGAAAGAUUCCCAUAAAGUUUCAGAAUUUUUUGAAAUUCUUUUUUCUAAACUGACUAAAUUAUCGUAAGAAAUUAAACAAUUUUAAAACUUGAUUUUAAAAUACUAGAUUUCCAUCUAGUCAGGACACCUACAACGACUAAAAAGUGGACCUCCUUUGAUUGCUGCUUAGAACUUUGUAAGCAUUUGAAAUGACGAGACUUAUUGGACUAAACACAAAAUAAAUCAAGAAACAAAUAUGUUAAAAAAUUGAUUUAACUGAAAAAUAUAUACACUUGUAGUUUAGUAGAAAACUGAUUGUGAUAAUUAUAAAAAGAUUAGUCUUAGCUCAUUACAAACUACGCCAUAAGCAAACAAAGUAAGAAUAUGAGUUAAUUGCUUUAAAUUGGCGGCACUUGUAAUACAAACAAAUUACCCAAAUUGUUUAAUACUAUGAAUAUAUAAUUUUCCAAAAAAAAAAAUAUAUAUACAUAUAUAUAUAUUAUCAUAUUUGGAAUUCAUAGACGUAUAAUUGUAUAUGUGCAAUUAGUUUAAGAAUCCUUUUGUAUAUAUUUAAUCGUAAGAUUAUUAACACAGUGACUUAAAAUGUGUAUUUACCGUUAAAACUAUUACCCUUUUUGAAUGGUAAAGAAAACGCAAACCAAUUUUCUUACACUGAAACUCAAAACCGCGGCAGAAAAUAAUAUUAUAAUAUAAAUAUUUACUACUUAACAAACUGUCAAUAUACUCAAAUAAUCAAAAUUAAUUUCUAUUGAUAAAUUAUUAAAACAAUAACUUACAACUAUAAGAAUUCUUUAUCAGCUGAAAACCUAACGUACACCAAGAAUCCCUAACCUAAAAUUACAUGUUUGGCAAAAAGUGAAAUGCAACGUUGUGCUGCAACUACGCUGUUCCCAAUCUUCUACAAAUUUAUUUAUUUACAUUGUGACAAAAAAGUACGCGGCAGUUGCAAAUUAAACCCAAAUAUUUAAUUAUUCAUCAAUUCUGUCGCCUUCUAAAUAAUGCCCACCAGAUGUAAUACAGUUAUGCCAACCAUUCUUCCAGUCCUCGAAACACAUUUCAUGAGCACUUUUUGGAAUGGCCUUCAGCGAAUUUUGUUUUAUCUCCACGAUCGACUGAAACGGACUCCACGGAGCGGCAAUUUCAGUUUGGGGAACAAGAAAAAAUCACACGAAGACAAAUCUGAUGAAUACGGAAGUUGUUCGAUGGUAUUCAUUGUUCUUUUGACUUUAAAUUUUGUCACAAUCGUGGCUCGAUGCGAUGGUGCAUUAUCAUUGUGUAAAAUCCAAGAAUUGGUCUUCCACAAUUCCGACCGUUUUUGACGGAUGUUCUCACGCAAACGCCUCAAUGCGGCCAAAUAGAACUUCUUCUUGACCGUCAGUCCCUCCGAAGCGUAUUCUUGUUGCACCAAAUCACGAAUAUCGAAAAAACAUUGAGUAUCACCUUGAUUUUUGAGCGGCUUUGGCGUGGUUUUUUUGGUUUCAGCUCACCUUUUUUCCUCCAUUCCAAUAAUUGUUGUUUUGUUUAAAUGUCAAACUUGUAAGGUUAUGCCUCACCGCCUGUUAUAAUGCUCUCCAUGAAUGUGUUAUCGGCAUUCGCACGAUAAAGCGUAUCCAUAGAGAUCUGGUACACUUUUUGAAAAAAAAAAAACAGCUUUAUCGGGACGAGUCGAGCAAGAACUCGUUUCAUACCCAAAAUAUUCACAAAAAUUAUUCGAACGGACCUGCGAGAGAUGUCGAGCGCUCUUGCCAUCUCUCUGGUACUUGCCUGACGAUUUUCAAGCACCAUAUCCUUCACUUUUUUAAUAUUGUCAUCAGUUAAAAAGUUGGAAUGUCGUCCAAAACGAGAUAUGUCUUCGACGAUCUCUCGACAGUCCUAUCAACUUAGCAAAAUAAUUUUUUUUGAAAUAUCAUUUACUCGAGGAAUUUACAUUACAAUUUCCAAGUACUUGCUUGUCACAAUGUAUGCAUGCUCUUCAGUUUCGUAGAGAGGAAACCGUGGCCUGGGAGAGAUUCUAGUGACUUGUUGUGGCAAAAUAUCUGCAAAACAGAACUGAGAACUCCGAGCCCAAGAGGAAUUGUCUCCAAACUCUACCUCUCUCUCCUUCACUGAUGUUCGAUAUCGUUGCACAAACUUCCUAAAAUAAAAUAGUGAAUUUAUUUUAAA